AUGCAGUCCUCGGAUUCUAAAUCUCACUUGAAGCGCGUCUGCGCCGCCGCCAUCGAUGGGAGGACAUCCAACGUGCGCUUCAUACAAAGUCAACUCAGAAUACUACACCAAAGUAUCCUAGAUUCGCGCGAGGGGAUCUUGGAGGUUAUCGCCGCUUCGUCUAGCAAUAUUACUAACUUCAAAACGGAAGCCGAAGUGGAAUUUUCCAUGGCAAUUGCCACGGUCAGAGAGCACUACGAGGGAAUCAACUUUGAUCGGGCGAUUACCAAUGAAUACAAGAUUGCAGCAGGAAAAAACAACGCAGAGCGUCGUAUAGGGUAUGGGGUGGUUGUGGUGAAACCGACUAUGCACACACGGUUUUAUGCGAUUGUAUCUGCUGUGGCGUGCGCUAUCGCUGCAGGUAAUACUUUUGUAGUUGAGUGUGACAAACGUGCCGUCGAUGACUUACUACCAUCAUUGUUCCAACCCCUGGACUGGGAAAUUUAUGCCCUUAACCAGGGUCCUGUGACUGAUGACGAAAUUCUUUCCACGGCUUUGACCAUUGACCAAACUGGUGAAAUAGAGACCCUCCACUGCGUCAAAUCAGUACCAAAUCUUCGUUCUAUUGCAGUCAUUGAUCGUACUGCGGAUGUUAAAAAGGCUGCACAGCAAAUACUCGCUGCUCAUGUUGCAUUUUCUGGACAGUCACCACAUGCUCCUGAUCUCAUAGUUGUCAACGAAUGGGUCAAAAACAAAUUUUUGGAGGAAAUUAUUCUUGAGAGAACGAGUGCAACAGGUCGUGAGGUGCACUCAAGUCAUGCUGGUGAUGAUAAGCAUGCUGCAUGGAAGACAGCCCUGGUAGAGGCAGAGAGUAAUGGAGAAGCCACGCUUAUCAAGAAAGAAGGUCUAUACAUGAUAGAUGUUCAUCAAAGACGACCCGAGUAUCUUGUAGCGUACCAUUUCGCUGAACCUGCCGCUGGAAAGUUCUUGAGCCAACAAAUCAACAGCCAUUGGUCUUUCAUCAACCAUAUCCCCGCACAGCUUCUUGUGGGACCCGCCCUCCCCCUCAAACAACAACACUUUUCGCUUGCUCUACGGUAUACCAAAGAAAUGCUGUCCAAGCCAAGACCGGAGUUUGUAGAAGAGCCGAUUGGAAAUUCUGCUAUUGAGCUGAAGGAUCUGAUCAACCCAAUGUCUACCAAAUUGCAGAUUCUCCGACAGCGAGAAACACAACCCCUGAGAGAGACCGGCCAGGGGCCUGGAACGGCUAUUGGCUUCUUUGAGCAGGGAAUUAUUGUGGAAACUUUCACUGCAUUUUGCCGGAAGGGUCUUUGGGUUUUGAUGUUUGCUUUGUGA